UUUUCUCCCAUUGUAGAAGCCAGAGAGCCGCACAGAGCCGCGCAGAGCCGCACACAGCCCGGGGAUGCAGGACUCUGCAGCUAGCACAAAGAGAAAAGAGGGUGGCAGCCUGUCCUCAAACAAGCACUGGGCUUUGACUUAAAGAGUUAAAGUCUAACCCGCCCGCCUGGCUGGCACAGCCAGUGUUGCAGAAGAAGUGCCCACCACUUGGCGACACCAAGUACCGAUAAGGAAAUUGGAUUCCUAUUUUACACACUUUCAGACGUUAAUUGGCGUCAUUUCAGCUGAUUUCUCCGGACAGGGACGCUUGCUGUCCAAGGUGGCCGGAGAGUGGACACAGGUAGUGACUGUCCAUCAGGAGGUGACCGCCGACCUCCCGCGUCUUGCCCCGGCUCUCCUCCGCUCCACUCUGCUCCUUUCUCCGCUCUCCUCUGACAGAUGGUGUGAAAGCGGCGGAAGGCAGAGCCGGACUACCCCCCUCCCUCACCACCAGAAGGGAGGCGCGCCACCACUUUGGCACUGAACUCCGACCGACCGCCCAGCACUGCGCCACGGCCGGUCACCACAGAGCUCAGGAGCCGCUGCUCACUGGAGGGAGAUCGAGCUCACAGGGGUCAGUUCGAGGGCCACAAUUGGGGACAGUGCAGAGCGGUCAGUUUUGGGUGGCCAGCGAGCGGCCGGUUUUGGGGCCAGUUCGCGGCCGGUUUACAGGAGAAGCAGCAGCAGCAGCAGGAGGAGAGACAACCCUUCCAGUGCCGCUCUCCGGGCGAUGCCAGUGUAAAUGCCAGGGCGAUGUCCCGACGAAAGCAGGGGAACCCGCAGCACCUGUCCCAGAGAGAAAUAACACCGGACGUUGAGCAUCCAGAUGGCGGCCUACUCUCAAACUCUCUUUCCCUCCACCCACUCCGCCUGCCCUCUCACCCACUUGGUCUACCUCCCCACCCGCUGGACGCAAGUGUGGCCCACGCCCUGCCCCCCGGCCUACAUGCCGACCACGACCUGCUAACCUGCGGCCAGUGCCAGAUGACCUUCUCACUGGGCGACAUCCUCCUCUUCAUUGAGCACAAAAAGAAGCAGUGCCAGAUGCCGCUGCUGGCGAAUGGCUGCUACGAAAAGAUGACUGACCGGGGAGGAGGAGGAGGGAGUCCGACUCUGCAGAGCCUUCAUCACCACGCACAGCGGGGGAAUCUGAGGAAGGUGGUGGAGCCGGUGGAGAUUGGCAUCCAGGUGACACCAGAGGAGGAGGAGGUUGGAAGAGGUGAGAGGCGAGAGAGGACGCCCAUCAAAGGAAUUUGCCCCAAGCAGGAGAACACACCGGCAGGUGGCAGGGAUGAGCCUUCCAGCUAUAUAUGUACCACAUGUAAGCAGCCCUUCCCCAGCGCAUGGUUCCUGCUACAGCAUGCCCAGAACACCCAUGGCAUUCGAAUAUACCUGGAGUCCAACCCCUUGAGCACAGCCCUCACCCCACGCAUUACUAUGCCUCCACCCAUGGGCAACGACUCCAUCCCGCAGUCCCCCCUCACCAACUUUCUCGGAGAUAACAACCCUUUCCACCUCCUGAGGAUGACGGGCCCACUGCCUCCUCCAGGUUUCAUGGAAAACCGCCUCCCGAACACGCCUCCAUUUAUCAGCCCGCCUCCCCGUCACCAUCUGGACCCCCAUCGACUGGAACGCCUUAGCGCAGAAGAAAUGGGUCUCAUCUCACAGCACCCCAGUGCCUUUGAGAGAGUUAUGCGCCUAACACCCAUGGCCAUGGAGUCCCAGUCCAUGGACUUCUCCAGGCGGUUGCGUGAGUUGGCAGGGAACAACAACAGCACCACUCCACCGUUGUCACCCAGCAGGUCCAACCCUAUGCACCGACUGUUAAACCCCAACCCCUUCCUGCCUGGACCAAAAUCGCCCUUUCUGAGCACCCCUCCCUUACCACCGAUGCCCCCAAACAGCACCACCCCUCCCCAGACACAGAACAAGGUCAAGUCCUGUGAGUUCUGCGGUAAGACCUUCAAGUUCCAGAGCAACUUGGUGGUGCAUCGGCGCAGCCAUACUGGAGAAAAACCAUACAAGUGCCAGUUGUGUGACCACGCCUGCUCUCAGGCCAGCAAGCUGAAGCGCCACAUGAAGACCCACAUGCACAAGGCUGGUUCCAUGACGGGGCGCUCAGAUGACGGACUGUCCACCACAAGCUCUCCAGAGCCAGGUACCAGUGAUGUCACAGGGGAGGGCAUGAAGAAUCGUGAAGGGGACUUCCAUGGGGAAGGCAACGAGGAGGAAGAAGAGGAGGAGGAAGAAGAGGAACUUGAGAAUGAGAGUCGACCAGAAUCCAACUUCAGCAUAGAGUCUGGGUUCUACCGGAACAGGGAGAAUGGUUCUAAACUUCCAUCAGAGGAGAAGUCAUCACUUGCCCUUGAGAAGAUGGUGGAAGGUGUAGGGCUCAACUCUAUACAGCAGUACAAUAAUUUGAUAGUUGACAAUCGUAAAAGGAUGCCCUUCUCCAAGAGGUGCUCGGAUGUCCAUCGGGACACUGGGGAUGAGGACUCAGUGGCUGGGGAGAUACACCACCAUCAGCAGGAAGAGAGGACAACCAUUAACGGCCGGAACUGUGGCUCCGGUGACUCUUUCUCAGGCCUGUUUCCCCGUAAGCCCACCCCUAUCACCAGCCCCAGCCUGUCAAACUCCUCAAAUAAGAGGAUCAAGAUUGAGAAGGACUUGGACAUUCCCCCAGCGCCCCACAUUCCCUCUGAGAACGUCUACUCCCAGUGGUUGGUGGGCUAUGCUGCCUCACGCCACUUUAUCAAAGACCCUUUCCUGGGCUUCACUGACUCCAGACAAUCGCCCUUUGCCACCUCCUCUGAGCACUCGUCCGAGAACGGCAGCCUGCGGUUCUCGACGCCUCCGGGUGACCUGCUGGAUGGAGGCCUGUCAGGCCGCAGCGGGACCGCCAGUGGAGGCAGCACGCCUCAUCUGGGUGGAGGUCCAGGCCGGCCUAGCUCCAAGGAUAGCAGGAGGUGCGACACCUGCGAAUACUGCGGAAAGGUGUUCAAGAACUGUAGCAACCUGACAGUGCACCGGCGCAGUCACACUGGCGAGAGGCCCUACAAGUGUGAGCUGUGCAACUAUGCCUGCGCCCAGAGCUCCAAGCUCACGCGCCACAUGAAGACACAUGGCCAGCAUGGUAAGGAGGUCUACCGCUGUGACAUUUGCCAAAUGCCCUUCAGCGUGUACAGCACUCUGGAAAAACAUAUGAAAAAGUGGCAUGGGGAACAUUUGAUGACUAAUGAGGUCAAAAUUGAACAAGCAGAGAGAACCUAAACCGGAUUCUUUGUUUCCAUACCCUGCACCACACUUUGACAUUAAAAAACAAAACAAAAUGGGGUAGCUGGAUGCUCUUCUUUUUAAAUGUUAAUUUUGGAUUAAUUUUGUGUUUUUAAGAAACUGCCAACUGAGAAAACAGAGAUCUUAACACCAAUUGAAGCUGUCUAAACUGCCUCAUUUGGGGUUCCUUUUCAAACAAUCAGUCAGUUGAGUUAUAACAUAUGUGGAGCCUUUAACUGUGCAAUAAUUUCUGUAUUUAUUGGAUUUUGUAUUUUGGCAUGUGCAGGUACAUUAUUAUUUAGGAAUUUUUUUUUAUAUUUGUUUUUUUUAAACCCACGAUAUCCUGAGAGUUUUUUAGAAGACAAAAGUCAAUUUUAUUUUUUUUGGCUGCUGCUGAAAUUGUAUAUUAAGCUAAAUGUGUGAUUUCUUGAAGAGAAGCUGAAUUCAAUCUUCAAUUUGAAAGUGGCGUUAACUGAGAAUGCUAGAAUUAGUCUAUUUUGUGUGAUGACGAUAUGCGGACAACAAUCCUUUGGCAUUGUAGCAUGAACUGAGUCUAAAACAUGUCAAUAUAAUUGGAUAUGUAGCACUGAGCGUCAUAUUUGACAGUAAAUCUAAAACAAAAGAGGAUCCCAAGGUUCAUAAAUCCUGUCUCCUCCUGAGAACAUCAUUACCAGCCAGAAGAAACAGAUUCUAGAUAAGGCAGCUGCGGACUGGUAUGUGGUAUCAAUCCCUGACAACGCUACGACAACCAUCCCUCAUAUCUUCUGAUUUCCAACCUCCAUCUCACCUACAUUCAUACAUCCAUGUAUUAUAUUUUGCAUGGAGCCAUGUGAUCCAGGCUAUAUUAUUUAUUUGGAGUAAACUGAGCAUGAAGCCAUGCAAUGCGAGUAUGCAUAGAGAUAGAUAGAAGAAUUAGACAAGAUAGUGAGCACAGGGACAUCUCAGGGCCAGGUAUACCACUUUUCUUGAUUUACCCAAUAUUUCCUAUAUGCCUCCAGAAGCAUUUCCAUUUCAUCAUAUGUUUAAAUUAAGGUCAGUUUUGUCCUCUACAGCACCCCUUGCUGCCCUCUGCCCCCCCCCCCCCCCCCCCCCCCCCCACACUACCACACACCCCAAUCAGGCUAAUGCCCAGGCUUUGUCCUCAAUUCGAAGUGGGUACAUUCCUUUAUAUAAAUCACAGCUUUUAAUUAUAACAUUAGAUAAACAUAUGUAGUGCAUACAAGAUGCCAGAUAACUAGAUUUCUGCAGAAAAUUGAAUUCUCAGAUUUUAUUGUUGAGAUCUGUAAAAGCCAACACCCCUAUGCAUUAUUUUGUGCUAAAAUGUCUAACAAUUUGUUAAAAAGUGGUACAGUAAAUUGUAUUGUGAUAGUGAUUAUAUAACUGUAUAAUCUGAUUAAUGAAGUCACUAUCAGAAAUAGGAAUCCUUCAAAGCUUCACCAGUAGUUGUGGGACAGUUUUGUGUAGAAGACGAAAUGAUAUAUCAGUGUGUGCUGAAGCAGUAAGACUAAUAUUAAGACAGGCAGCAUCAGUUUGCUCCAUGCCCCUUUGUUCUUUUAAAUAUCAUAAACCUUGUUUGCUUUCGACCCCAUCCGCCUUCAUGGUGGCAUAUUUCUUCUUUUUGAAUCAGAUCUGUUUUGAAUGCUGUCAAUGCAUCGAUUCAGAGCUCUUAACAACAGACCCGCACUUUAUGAUUUUUCUGUCCGACACACAAGAGAGCCGGACAGAAAAGGUACUAAAGGGUCUAGAGCUCGCGAUCUCCUGAUGCCGAAGUGCCCAGAGUUGUUAGGCAAGGCUUUCUCAAUGCUGGCACUAUAAAAUAAAUAUUAAAAAAAGGAGCAACAAUUUAUUCGGGACAGUUUUUGUACUGCCAUUCAAUUUGACAUGAGUGUGCCUUGAAUAAUGAUCUUCCUAUUUAUUGUCUCAGACAAAUGCAACACUUUUUAUGAAGCAUCAAAUUCAACAAGAAAACAUGUAAAAUUGUGUUAACUUUAACUUGUUAUUUGACAUUUCAACAGAAAUGUUUAAUCAAUAUAAAGGAAAAAAUGCUGAGUUUAGGCUUAGGAGUACCCAGCACAAUAUCAGUGUGUCUGUGUGUGUAUAUAUGUAUGCAUAUGUACAAAUAAAGGCACAAACCUAUAUAUAGAUAUAUAUCAAAUUCCUCACUCAUAAGGACAAUAGUCUGUCCAACAACAGAAAAUUCCAGGAGUGGACAAAAGCCACACAAAACGUCAAGGAAGAGACUCAACAAAAAUCAGGAAAUGCAGAAACUAAAAAAAGAAUUUAGUGCGCUCUGUCUUAAAAUAAGUUUACAGUAUUGAAACAAGUACAAGGGUAAAAUAAUAUAUGUGUGUAUGUGUGUUUUAAACAAACAAGUAUUUUUUUCCAGGUUUGCUUAUAAAGUUUCUCUGAAUGCCGUAGUGGCGAUGUGUAUAUUGUUUUUUUGUUUUUUUUUGGUGACGGGGUUUUAGUAUAUAUAUAUAAAUAUAUAUGAAUAUAUAUUACAUUUUUCUUGUUUACUGUAAAAGUAUACCAGUAUUUGUAAUAUUGGAGAAUGCCUGGGCAUUUUACAAAAAUAGAAAAAAGGUUGUUUUUAAUUUUUUAAUUUGCAGUCCAAUUUAAAUUGUGGGUCUCUGUUUUUGUCACUGUAACUGUAAAAGUCUUAAGUUUUAGUAACUUUUAUUCUGCCUUGGGUGUAAUGAAAUAAAAAAUAAACAAAUUAAAAAAUGACUGAGCUGAAACAAACUUGGAUUUGGUGGUGGGGUGGCUGUUGGGGGGGGGGGGUGGUUCUCCUUAGAAAUGACAGAACAUUAGUUCUGCUUUUCAGGAAAAACACACUGAGAAUCCUAACUUGUAUCUAUUUUUCUUCUUCUGGAAUGGAUUAUUCUUCAUGGAUGGUUUGAAAUACAUUUGUAGGCACUUGCUGUCUUUCCUAAAGAGCUUGUCUUUUUUUUUUUACUUGAAGGCUAUGUGCAUCCUUUUGUGAAUAGGGUACUCUGAGUCCUACUCUCAUUUCGCGUGCGGGUGAAGAGUGACUUCAUACAACUCACAGGCUGCCACAAGCUAUUUUCCUCUCACUGGGCAGGAUACACAACCUGAUGAAUUUGUACUGUUGUAAUGAAUUGUAAUGAAUCACAUUGUACAGAAGGGGAUCAAAAGGUUUGACAGCCUUUUAGUGACAAAAACACAAGUCAAUGAUUUGUUUACCGCUCCAUUAUUUGUACAUACUUUUCUAUGACUAGGCUGUUUUUAUUUUUUUUCUCUUUUUGUUUGAUUGUGAUUUUUAACUGGCACUUCCUGUGUGUGUGUGGGGGGGGGGGGGGUUAUUCAGUUUGACCUUUGUGACCUACAUGUCAGUUUUCAGGCACAUGCCCCCCCCAUUGAUAUUUCUCGGCAUGAGAACAGAGCACAAAUACAAGCUGUUACAAUUAUUCAUCCUCUGCUUGUUUGUCUCAUUUUCUUUGAGCUGGUCUGAUGGACAUUUUUCACAAACUCUUAAAUUCUGCUUGAGGUUUCAGACAUCAUUUAUUGUAGUCCCACAAAUACUGCUAAUUUAUUGCCCCUCACACUGACCACAAAACCUGCAACACAUCUGCAAAUCGUGACGUGACGGGAUGAUGAAGAAGAAAACAACCUGACUGUAUGUUUCAUUCCUGUAAUGCUUUUGAAAACACUCAGACAAUGGUUGAUGCUUGGAUGACCCUCUGAGCAGCAUCUCCUAAAGAAGCAGAAGCUGAGGUUGCAUUUCUUAUGACACUAGACUUAUUGUCAGCCAAUAACUUCUUUCCUGUGGUUCUCCCACGAGGUCCUCCCAAUCAAAAUCAAUUCCACAUUCCAUAUUGUCAGCUAGCUUUAGAUUUCAUCAUGUUUGUAUAAAAAAAAAAAAAGCAAAAAAAAAAAGAAGAGUUGGGAUGAAGUUGAGAAAAUGUAAUUUUUGAUA